AGAAAAUCAAAACUAUCACAAUAUGAUCAAGUUGAAAAAGGACCUAUUGAGUCAUAUACUACACAACCUUCAAAUACAGCGAUUGUGAUUGACGACACUGAUGAUAGCUCUGAGCACCAUAGCAACGCAACUGACAGUUUUGCUGAAUCAGAAGAAGAAGAAGGUUUUGUCGUGGAUGAUGAUGUUAUUGAUGGUGUCAAGAGUACAGCCAAGAGUACAACAAUGGAACUACCGCGUAAGGAUUUGUCAGAAUUAUAAGAGCACUCGUAGUAUAACAUUGACCAUUCUCUAUUUGAUAAAUAGCGGAAUUCAGCAAACAGCGUGUUCAAUCAUUUAAUGGCCAUUUGAAAACAUAUAUUGAAUAUUUAGUUGAAUUAAUACUAAAUCCAGUAUUUGACAUAGCAACGAAACCGUGGUACGAAAUGUCUAAACAGGUUGUUUUGAGACGUGUGCAGGGUUACAAGGAUUCAAUGGUAACCAGUGACGCUUGGCUCCCUCCUUUUAAGGAAGCUGUUGAUAAACAUGUAAACUGGAAGCAAACUGGUUUCAUACAUAUUGAUUCAAAUGGCUUCGGAUUAGCAUGUGAAGCGUGCAGAUCUAACAAACCGGCUAGUAUCCAAAUAACCCUUUCAUCAAAUGACCGCUUUUCCGAUCCAACUGUUUUAUACCUCGGAACUGAAUGCUGUCGGAAGGGUGAAAUGUAUCAUCACUUUUACCACUUUCAGCAACACAUGUAUCAAAAGGUCAAAAAAUUGGUAGACAGCGUACGUCGCAAGAGAAAAGAAAGUACGACUGAAGCCAUUUUUGAGCACUUACUAUCUAAAGGCUAUGUCUACAAGCUUACGAAAAACGUAAAAAAGGCAUUUAAUGAUGUCGUCAUGAUUUACAAUCUGCAGGGCCAGAGAGCACGUGUUGAUGAUUUAUCUUCCUCAGAGGAUGAAUAGCUUGAAUUUUUUUAGUUUUAUUUAUGGAAUGAAAGCAACAAAUGUCGGAUACCAGAACAGACGGUGCUCAAUUGGAAUAGUUGUGUUUUCUUUCAUUUUGCAUAAAAUACUGUACUUAUAAAUUAAAUGCAUCAAUUACUACAAAUGUGUAUAACGAUUCUUUUUUGCAUUAUAGGAUAUUUAAUAUGAAUGAUUUAGCUAUUGUCUUGAUUAGCCCUUAUUAGUAUACUGAUAGAGUAUAUGAACUAUGAGACCCAAUUUCGAGAUAGAUUAAUGAAACAUGAUAAAUGUAUAUGCUAUGAGUGCGUGAAGAGGC